AUGGAUUCAAAGAUCACCUUGAGUUUCUUUCUGAUCUUCUCAUCAUGUGCCUUUCUAGGGUUUUCUAGUGAACCAGGGAAUGGUGGGGAUUUAGAAAUGCCAUGUCUACAAAAUCUGCUCCCAUGUAGACCCUAUUUGCAAGGAACCAUACCGCCACCAUCUGUUUGCUGCUUACCCUUGAAAGACAUGGUUGAACAUCAAAGUCAGUGCCUCUGCAGUGUUUUGACUAAUCCAGAUCUCAUGAAGAGCUUCAACGUCACCCGGGAUGGUGCUCUUAACCUUGCCAAGACUUGUGGUGCCCCAGUUGACAUGUCAGUUUGCAAAAAUGGAACGGCUCCAUCCGGUUCUCCGGCAGCUCCAUCACCUCCAACCCCAGAUGCAACAAUUCCAAGUGGUUCCAACACAACUUCAAAAAGUGCAGCAAAUUAUGGGAUGACUCACUUUGGAGGAUCUGGUCUCGUUGCUGCUAUCUUUGUGGGUUUCAUUGUCUCGAUAUUCUAA